AUGUGUCAGCAUAUUCUUCUUCCCAGUGUUUCUCCUUCAGAUCUUUCGUUUACAUUUCCAAUGGCGUCGUGUGUUGCUCAUCUUUCUCUCUCUGGUGGGACUCAAUCUCAACAUGUGAAAGCAAAUGGAUUGUCUUCCACAAAGCUCAAUUCGAUUUGUAAAACCUCUGCAUUGACAAUUCAGAAGAAACCAUCAAACCGAAGUCACAAGUUUUCGGUUUCUGCAGGCUAUCGAGACGGCGGUAGGAGAGGAAGCGGCGGUGAUUUCGUAGCCGGUUUUCUUCUAGGAGGUGCUGUGUUUGGCGCUGUCGCCUAUAUCUUUGCUCCACAGAUACGAAGAUCGAUAAUGAAUGAGGAUGAGUAUGGUUUCAAGAAGCCGCAACAACCAACUUACUACGACGAAGGUUUAGAGAAAACGAGAGAGACGUUGAAUGAGAAAAUCGGACAGCUUAACUCAGCGAUUGACAAUGUUUCUUCUCGUUUGAGAGGUCGAGAAAAGAACACUUCUUCGUCCAAUGUACCCCUCGAAACUGACCCUGAAGUUGAAGCUACCACUUAA